GUCAGUCUUUCUCACUGAACAAAAACCUUUCUCUUACAGCAGUCACAGACACAGAGAGACCUGAAUCCUGAGUUUUCUGUGCCAGAAAAGCAUGGAUUUUAUGGAGCUGUUUUUCGUUUCACUUGGUACUGCUGUUGUGGUAUACUAUGGAGUGAAACUAUUGCUUUUCAGUAGGAUGCUUUUUCCAAAGCUAUGGUCCAGUGGCAAAAACUUCUUCACCUCAAUGGGAGAGUGGGCAGUGGUGACCGGUUCUUCAGAUGGCAUAGGAAAAGCCUACGCAUUUGCACUGGCUAAACAGGGAAAUGAAUGUCGUAUCAUGAGUAGAAGCAAAGCAAGACUGGAUCAGGUGGCCAGAGAAAUAGAAGAAACCACGGAGCAGAGGGUGAAAGUGAUAAUAACAGACUUUGCAAAAGAAAAUAUCUUCAGUGAAAUUGAAGAGCAACUGAAGGACCUCAAUAUUGGAGUUUUAGUCAACAAUGUAGGCAUACUGCCUUGCUUCAUUCCCUGCAGAUUCCUUGAGUCUGAUGAACUGGACAAGACAAUUACCAGAGUGAUAAACUGCAAUGUGAAGACUAUGAUUAAGAUGUGUAAAAUGAUUCUCCCAGGAAUGGCAAACAGGGGGAAAGGGAUGAUUUUGAAUGUUUCAUCUGGAAUCACCUCAAUUCCAUUUCCCCUGUACACCCUAUAUGCUGCAUCAAAGGUGUUUGUGGAAAGAUUUUCUCAAGGUCUACAAGCUGAAUACAGAGAUAAAGGGAUUAUUAUACAGUCAGUGGCUCCGUUUGGGGUAUCUACACGAAUGACAGGUUACCAGCAAACUAGCAUGGUGACUCUGUCACCGGAAGACUUUGUAAAAUACUCGCUGCAGUACAUCAGAGCUGGAGACAAAACAAAUGGCAGCAUCUGUCAUAUAGUUGUGGCCUGGUUACUGCAGACUAUUCCACCUAAGUUUCUCUAUGCAGACCCUGUGAUACAACACCUACAAGACUAUGUCAAACAGAAAAUAAUGCAGAAGGAAUUACGCUCAGCAACAAAAGCAAAUGUUUAAAAUGCCGCAAUAAACUGGAAGAAUUUGUAUGAAAUAUUUCUAGCUGUAAAUAAGGAGUAUUAUGUAGUAUUAUUAUAUAGUAUUAUUAUAGAACUGAUUAAUGUAAUUUGUAAAGGUAUUAUUAUAUACUGUGUGUACUGUAUGCAUAUUACUAUGAUGUGGGCAGUCAGGUCCAUAAGUAUAUGGGCAAUGACACUAUUUUAGUAAUUUUACCUCUGUACACCACCACAGGGGAUCAAGAUGUGAUUUAAGGGGUUUAACAUACUGUUUAACUGUUUAGGAAUUACUGAUAUUUUUAAAUACACUCCCCAAAUUUUGGAGGCUCAAAAGGAAUUGGACAAAGUAACUUAAUUUUAAAUAUCAGGUUUGUUUUUAAUACUUUUUCCAUCCAUGUUUUUAAUACUUGAAUGAAAGUCUGGAACCCAUGAGCAUCACCAAAUGUCGUUUCCUCCCUUGAGAUGCUUUCACAGGUCUUUACUGCAGGUGCCUUCAUUUGCUGCUUGGUUGUGUGCCUCUCUGCAUUCAAUUUAGUCUUCAGUAUCUGAAAAGCAUUCUCUGUCGGGCUGAGAUCAGGGAAUGGACUUGUCCAUUGAAGAAUAUCACAUUUCUUUGGCUUGAGAAACUGAUGGGUCGCUUUAGGUCAUUAUCCAUUUGCACUGUGAAGUACUGACAAGUCAGUUUUGCAGCAUUUGGCUGAAUCUGAGUCCUGUACAGUUCAGAAUUCAUGCUGCUACUUCUAUCAGCAGUCAUAUCAUCAAUACAUGCUUGUAACCCAGUUCAAAAGACAGUCAAACAUGCCCAGGCUGUAAAAUUGCCCCCCAUGUGUGACAGAUAUGGUGGCAUGCUUUGGCUUGUUAGGUCUUUCUUUCCUUCUCCAUGCGUUUCUCUUCCCAUCAGCAAGUUAAUCUUGGUUUCAUCUGUCCAAAGAUUUAUUUUCUUAUUUUUUGGAACUAUGCAUGCUCCUUUAGAUAUUGUCUGGCAAAGUUUAAUCAGGCCUUCUUGUUCUCGACUGGAACCAGCGGUUUGCAUCUUGUUGUAGUGUUUAUGUUCAUACAAGGGUGGGAUUAAAAGUUCAUAGGCUGACCUUGAUGCAAUGGUCGAACUUGAGCAAAUGUGUUUUAUUUUUCGACAUAGUCUCCCCUGCAGUCCACUCACAUCUUCCAUUGGUGUUGCAGUGCUUGGAUUCCCGUGGUGUAGAUGCUCUCAUCCUGACCCUCAAAAACAGCAGAUAUGACCUCAUCAUCAGUCUGAUACUGCUUCCCAGUCAAGUGUUGUCAAGCAUUGUCCUGGUGAAACAGGACCCCCUUCGUCAGGUUUCCGUUUUGCCUUGAUUGCCUUUCGCACCUGCCUCAGCAAGUUGGCAUAGUAUUCUCCAUUGAUAGUAUGGCCCUGUUGAACACAAUGCCCUUUGCAUCCCAGAAGAUGAAGACCAUCAUUUUCCCUGCCGAUGACACCACCUUGGCCUUCUUUGGUGGGGGAGAUGACGGGUGUUUCCACUGCAUGGACUGCUGUUUGGUCUCUGGCUCAAAGUGGUGAACCCAACAUUCAUUUUGGGUGAGGAAAUAUUCAAGAAAACCGGCUGUUUCAAAAAGUGACAAGUUCGCCUGUGACAUGACCGGCCUGGUGUGCUUCUGAUCAGGCGUCAAAAGUCGUGGCACCCACCGAGCAGAAACCCUUGACAUGGCAAGUUCGUAAUGCAGAAUUUUCUUAACUCAUUCACAGGAGAUGCUUACAGCAUUAGCUACCUGAAUAACAGUUAAAUGUCUGCCAUCCACCACCAUGUGGCGAAUGCUGUCAGUGUUUUCUUGGAUGGUGGCUGUGGCAGAACGUCUGGACCUUGGGUCAUCUUCAAGGCUCUCCCUACCCCUCUUGAAUUUAGCUGCCCACUUUUGCACAGUUGAUAAAGCUGGAGCAUCAUCCCCUAAUGUAGCAACCAUGUCAGCAUGAAUGUUCUUAGGAGCUAACCCCUUUUUCUGCAGAUAAUUGAUAACACCGCAGUGCAAAAUUUGAUCCAUUUUCUCAAAACGUCUCUAGUACCACUUUUCCAAGUCCACAAUUCUGUAUCCAAUGUGGGUUCAACUGGAAAGAAAAAACGCACUUAGCAUCAGUAAAGGUUGAAUUUAAGGCAUGCCAAAUUUAAUUACUGUAUGAUAACUCCUUCUUAGUCAGUCUAUGAACUUUUCAGCCCACCCUCGUAAAGGCAUUUCUUGAUUGUAGACUUUGACACGCCUACCUCCUUGAGAGUGUUCUUGACUUGGUUUGAUGUUGUGAAGUAGUUUUUCUUAACCAUCAAUAAUUCUGCCAUCAUCCACUUUAGUUGACCUCUGUGGUCUUUCAGGCCUUUUGGUGUUGCUGAGCUCACCAGUGCAUUCCGUCUUUUAAAGAAUUUACCAUAUUGUUGAUUUGGCUACUCCUUUUUGCCGUCUCUCUGAUGGGUUUAUUUUGUUUGUUUGUUUGUUUGUUUGUUUUUUCAGUCUAAAGAUGGUCUCCCUUAUUUCUACUAAUAUCUCUUUGGGCCUCAUAUUUAAAAUUCCGGUGAACAGCUACAGUACUAAAUGAAACAGAAUAAUGAAGGAAUAGGCCUCACCUGGCCACGAAACUGCUCGUCAGUCAACUGUCCAAUUACUUUUGAGUGUGUGUGAAACUGGGUAGCUGUAACUUCUACACAGUUAAUGCAAUACUUUUGUUAAACCCCCUGAAUUAAAGGUAAGAGUCUGCACUUCAAUCACAUCUUGAUUGUUUGAUUUAAAAUCCAGUGUGGUAGUGUACAGAGGCAAAAUGGUCUCACUGUCCAAAUACUUCUGGACCCAAAUAUAUUAAAAUAUAUGCAGUAGUACUCCCUGAACUUUUACCCUGCGGAAAGCAUGUCUAUAACUUAUGUUCUUCCUUUUUUUUCCCCCUUCAAAAUCUUAGUGACUGAUGUUUGUUUCUUCUUAAAAAAAAGAUUCUUCUAUGAUGAAGUGUUUAUCUUUGCACCUCCACUUUAACAGUUCAGAUAUGUAUCUCUUACCCUGCACAGCUAUUAAUUCUGAUGCCAUUCAACGUUAAAAUUUGCAUUAUUUUCUCAGCCUCAACAUAUGUGACUAAGCAAUGAUAGUACUGACAAAAGUGUAUCUGUGUGUGUGCGCGUGUGUAUGUCUACAUAUCUUGUAGCAACAUGAGUAAUAAUAAUAAUAAUAAUGACACCUUAUCUGCUGAACGGAAGGAACUGUCUUGUUCCAUUAAUUCACCCCUACACACACACACACACACACACAGGUGCACACUUUUAACAAUCAUUAGUAUCCUCUAUUCCCCUCUCAGAUUGAGAAAACAUUUGAUCACACGAUGGGACCACCAGAUUAUGCUAGUGUCAGUCACCAUUCUAAUCCACAGAAGACAGUUUGGGACUUAUGAGCCUUUACCCGCAGCUUCAGGAACUAGUUUCACAGUGUGCUGCAAAUAGAUUGAUAAGCAGUGUUUAAAGAAUACAAACCAUUCCCUCAUCAUGUACGUAUAUAUGCUGACGCACACAACCACUUUAAUUAGCAUGUGCCUCAGUGAUGUCUGACCUAAGAGGGUCACUAAUCACAAGGUGACAGGGGUGUUUAGACAACGAUGAUGAAUGAUCUUCCACAUGAGAAAUAGUGCAGGGAAUAAGAAAAGAGAAGGCGCAAGACAGUGGGGAAGAAGGUCGGAAUGACCCCGAGUUUAGUCUAUACCUGGUCUGAAUGUUUAAACAAAAACAAAAAGAAAACAAAAGAAUAGAAAAGAAUGACCAGUCAAUAAAUUAGAAUAAUAUACAGUACCAGUCAAAGGUUUGAACACACUUACCCAUUAGUGUGUCCAAACCUUUGACUGGUACUUUAUGUAUAACAAAAUCAAAAAUUAUAGGAAAGAAAUGGGUGGGGGGGUGUUGGCCAGAGGAGUAAAAGAUGAUUAUGAAUGCAAAUUCAGAUGAUAUUGUCAGUUCAACAGGUUAGUUUUAAACACGGUUUUUUGACUUUGCUGUCUUUCUGGGCCCAGAUUAAUCAAAUUAAACCAGUAAUUCAUGCAUAUUUUAUAUAUUAUAUUAUAUGUUUGCUUAAUUUCUUUUGAUAUUGGUAUGCAUAGGAAGAGUAAAAAUAAACCUGAUCAAUGUUAAUUUGUAACUGACAAAUAUGACUUUAGUUUUGUAAUAUUUAUACAGCAAAUCCUUGAUUUCCACUGCGUAGUUUGACAGACACUGCAUCUCUGAGCCAAACAUGUAUCCAGAAAGUCUGUGGCCACAUUUAACUUAUUCCAAUCUGAUGUGUCUGUUUUUGUUGCACAUCUUUGUUUAUUGUAGUUUUCUGACCUGCCCUGAGUCUACACAUGUAAAUUAGCAGUUUUUCUAUAAUUUGGCAUUUUUACUGCUGAUAUUUUUGAUAUAUAAACUUAGCACAAAAAGUAAGGAAAUUUGUGUUUGGUUGACUAUUUCUUUGUUGUAACAAAGCUUCUUGGCAAUAAAGCUUA